AUGACUGACGAUGGAUCUCCAUCAAACAAUCUUUCACGUACAACGAUACGUGAAGCAAAUAAUCAUUUACAGAUGUUACACAAACGCAAUCAGGAAUUAGAAGAAUUAACUAUUCAACAGAAAGAAGAAAUACGAAGACGAGAUCUCGAAUAUCGAAAUCUUUUUCAAGCAAACCAAUCAUUAGACAAACAUUGUCGACAGCUACAACUGUUACUCGACGAUCGAACAAGACGAUUGCAAAUAUGUAUUAAAUACCUUUGA